AUGAGCUCAUUAAGAAUUGCUUCAGGUUAUGCAAUAAAUCCUGCUCGUGAUUUCGGUCCAAGGCUCUUCACUCUCUGCGCUGGUUACGGUUGGAGGGUAUUCAGCUAUCGUAGCUACAAGUGGUUCUGGAUUCCGAUCAUUUGCCCAAUGCUUGGAGCCCUGCUUGGAGCAUGGAUGUACGAGUUCUUCAUUGGAUUCCACAUCCCCGAUGAUCCAGACACCACCUACAUUCACAAGGUGACCCUUUCCUGUCUUUUCUGUCACAAAACCAUGGCACUGUUUCGCAUUGCAAAUCAGUCGAGUAGAGCUACCUUAGAUGUUCACUGUGAACUUGUCCAAUGUGCACAUGAAUCCUCAACAAUUUUAGGUGGGCAUUUGAAUCCUGCGGUUUCGUUCUUCCUCCUCUCACAAGGAAAGAUCAACGCGUUGAGGUUCAUCGUGUUCACCGUGGCGCAAAAUAUCGGUGCAUUCUUUGGUGCCUUAUCGACAUUCAUCGUCUAUUACGAUGGCAUCAGCAGCUUCGACAACGGCACUCGUUAUGUGUCAGGACCACGUUCUACGGCUCACAUAUUCGCUACGUACCCGCAACCACACCUUAGCACUUUCGGCGGUGUUAUCGAUCAGCCGGCUUUCAUCGGAACACUCCUGGCCGUGAUAGGAAUGGCUUUCGCGUUGAAUGCAGCUAUCGUAGCUACAAGUGGUUCUGGAUUCCGAUCAUUUGUCCCAAUGCUUGGAGCCCUGCUUGGAGCAUGGAUGUACGAGUUCUUCAUUGGAUUCCACAUACCCGAUGAUCCAGACACCACCUACAUUCACAAGAUUCUCGAUGACCGCAAUCCUGACGGACAACUAAGGGAGAUCCACAUAGUCGAAAAGAAACCACUGAGCGAAGUUCCCGCAGAGAAAGCGACACCAGCUCAAUACCGUAAUAUGUAA